GAGACUUAAAGGGAGAAAAGUGAUGGCAAAUUUUUCUUUGGUUUAUCUUCAGACUUUUCUUUUGCCCAAGAUUGAAUUUUGCCUCUGCUUAAUUGCUUUACAGGCGUUCUUGUGAUGUUUCACAAUAGAGGAGGGGGGAGAAAGGAGCCGUGACUGUGUGGUGUGUGUCUCAAACCCCGUGCUAGAGAGGGAGAGAACGAAUAAGCAAGCUGGUUUGACCAGAAACAGAACUGCCUAGGACAGAUUAAGAGACAAGCAAGGCUUGGAAUCCGAGAGCAAGCAGAGUGGAAAUUUACUGCGGCUCUGUGAGUGUUCAAGUGAUCAUUUUCUGCUAACGUUUUCCGGUGGUGACUGUUACUCUUCAGAGAGUCAGAAAGUCUUUCUCCAGCACACUUGAGUAACAGGGGGCAUCCUUUAUUAAACGGAAGAGCAAGGCUUCUUCAUCUGAAGUGCUUUGAACCCGAGAAAAGAGCUGUCUUCAGCACCUGCCCAUGGGUCGAAUUGUUGUUGCUUAGACAAGCUGGGGGAGUUUCUGGAGCCCUUGCAUUCCAUAUUGGAAGAAGUGAUUCUUAAACAUGAAAAAAAUGCCUUUGUUUAGUAAAUCACACAAAAAUCCAGCAGAAAUUGUGAAAAUCUUGAAAGACAACCUGGCCAUUUUGGAAAAGCAAGACAAAAAGACAGACAAGGCUUCAGAAGAGGUGUCGAAAUCUCUGCAGGCCAUGAAGGAGAUUCUGUGUGGUACAAACGACAAGGAGCCCCCUCCAGAAGCAGUGGCUCAGCUGGCCCAGGAGCUCUAUGCCAGCGGGCUGCUGGUGACACUGAUCGCCGAUCUGCAGCUGAUCGACUUUGAGGGAAAAAAAGACGUGACCCAGAUAUUCAACAACAUCCUGAGAAGACAGAUCGGUGCGCGGAGUCCUACUGUGGAGUACAUCAGUUCUCACCCUCACAUCCUGUUUCUGCUCCUCAAAGGAUAUGAAGCCCCACAGAUUGCCUUACGCUGUGGGAUUAUGCUAAGAGAAUGUAUUCGACAUGAACCACUUGCCAAAAUCAUCCUCUUUUCUAAUCAGUUCAGAGAUUUCUUCAAGUAUGUGGAGCUGUCGACAUUUGAUAUUGCUUCAGAUGCCUUUGCUACUUUUAAGGAUUUGUUAACCAGACAUAAAGUGUUGGUAGCGGACUUCUUAGAGCAAAAUUAUGACACUAUCUUUGAAGACUAUGAGAAACUGCUGCAGUCGGAGAAUUACGUGACGAAGAGACAAUCUUUAAAGCUGCUAGGUGAGCUGAUCCUGGACCGCCACAACUUCGCCAUUAUGACCAAGUACAUCAGCAAGCCAGAGAACCUGAAACUGAUGAUGAACCUGCUUCGAGACAAAAGCCCUAACAUUCAGUUUGAAGCCUUCCAUGUCUUUAAGGUGUUUGUGGCCAGCCCUCACAAAACGCAGCCUAUCGUGGAGAUUCUGUUGAAAAAUCAGCCCAAACUCAUUGAAUUUCUGAGCAGCUUCCAGAAAGAAAGGACAGAUGAUGAGCAGUUCGCUGAUGAGAAGAACUACCUGAUUAAACAGAUUCGAGACUUGAAGAAAGCAGCCCCGUGAAGACAGGCCCUGCCCUGACAGCGUUUGUCUCCCUUGCCCAGAGUGGACAGUGCCGUUUCAACAGUCUCCAUUCUUGGGAAGACUUUGGAGCUGCCUGUUCUCUCAAUUGAUUGUUCAAAGUAGAUGGAAUAUAAACAGUUGAAUGGAAAAAAUCAACCUAGAAUAAUAUAUUCAUUGUAAUCAAGUCUGUGAUUGCUUAUGUGGAAUCAGCCAUUAUAUUAAACAUUGAUAAAAGCAAGUGUAACUCCAGAGCUGGACCUGGGUCACCCAGGCCACCAAGUAGAAGGAGCACAGGUGUCUCUUGGGACAGAACGGGUAGGGAACCCUAUCUGUAUGUGUUCAUUUAGACAGGCUUUUUCAGCCACUAGAGAGACAGGAGACGGCUACAGAGUGUGAGUGUGUGUGUGUGUGUGUGUGUGUGUGUGUGCGCGCGCGCGCGCGCCUGCUGCCUCCUGGCUGCAGUAGGUGGCUCCUGUCUUCCAGAGGAACAGUGCUCAGUUCUGCCCACUGUCCCUUCUGUGUCCCAAGCCUGAUCCAGGGCCAUGCCCAUUCCAGCUGUAGAUGGCUAGCCUGGCAGCAGCUGAGGACCAGGUGAGAUCAACAAAGGCCACAGAGGCAGAGAACACCCAUAGGGUGUGACUUUUCAGAGGAGAACUGCCAACAGGUGGCUGUGGAGUCACCGCUGUUCUGUGUGCCCAUCGGGAGGGUCAGUGAGGGUAGGGAUAUUUCAUUAGUGUCUGUCGUCGCGGGAAGAAUGCUUGUGGUGACUGUUUGGAGAGGUGGGGUCACAGUGAGUAUGAGCCAUGGAGCUAGAGGGAGAAGUGAUUCAUGCAUAAAAAGUUCUCAAACGACCAAAGCUGCUCGCUCUCUUGUCCGGUUUGUUCUGUGUAAACUGUCAUUCUGUAACUGCCCAUCAGUGUCUUCAGUGAGAAGCUAAAAAGUCUAAAAAUGUUGCUCCCGGAUACCCUCUUGUGUGCUAAAAUAACUUAGGUGUUCAUUUGUGUCCCAUUAAUGGGCACGGAAAGAAGAAUUAAUUGUUUAAGUCCAUGAUUUGAUUUCAGACCUCAGACCUCGAAAUGGAAUUUUAAAGCGUUAUUUCCUAGGCAGUGGCACUGCGAUUGCUUAUCUGCUCUUCACAUCCUGAAGCCCAUGGCCUUGACUGCUGUCCUCCUUGUCUUUGGCCGCAUAAGUCUCCAGCCCGAGACAGGAAGGGAGGUGUGAUCUCCAGUAUAAGUGUCUCCGGUGGGUUUUCCACCCAGAGACUCCCCAGGCAGGGCACUUUGCCUCUUGACUGGGGUUCAGGUGUAUUGGCUUCGUGUAGCCCCUGGUGACCUGCGUUCGUCAGUCACGGGAGUCAGAUUAUUUUUAUAAUAUUCCCUCAUAGUACAGAGUGCCUUAGAAUUUGACCUUUCUGGAUUUGCUUAUUUGAUUAAAAGAGAUGAGAAAAACUUCUUAAAUGUGUUUCUGUAGCAUCCUGGGACACAGACACGGCCAUGUUCUAAUUUUAUUUCAGUUAGAAACAUUUCUUCUCUCUGGAUUUGCAUUGGCUCUUUGCCAGCAUGCCUUUUGUCAUGGCUGUGUACCUGCCCAGCAGAAAACUGUAGAGCCUGAGAUGCAGUCAGUGAGGCAGCUCGGGUGUUGGCGUGAGUGUGUAAGCUAUUCACUAAGACGGGGCACUGGAGCUCACCAUCAUCGUGUGCAUUCACAGAGGUCACCGUUCAUACUGGGGCACUUGAGUUUGGGAAAGGUCACAGUAAGUGAGAAGCACGAUUGAAAGACUGAAUAAAGAGCACCACACACUC